GUGCCUCAGACUCCCGAUGAGAGCAGGAGGAGCUUCGUUCGAGCUGCGCUGUUGACAGCAGGAGGAGCGAUGCUCGCACCCCUGGCUGCUGUAGGAGCGGAAGAGGAAGAAGAGGUGGAGGCUCCGACCGUGCCGCGGGAAGUCACUUACAAAGUGAACGACGACCUCUGCGACAAGCAUCCGACUUGGAAGCAGUGCAGGAAGACUGGCAAGGCAAUGGGCAAGGCCAAGAGCCCUCCGGUGACGCUAGGGAACGGGCUGGUGGUGCAGGACCUGCUGAUUGGCAAGGGCAUCACCCCCCAGCCCGGCGACGUCUGCACAGUUCACUUCAGCCUCUACUACAAGGGGGACGAGAUCGAGAGCAGCAGAGAAAGCUCCGGGCUCGCCGCUUCCCCCAUCGGCUUCCAGUACGGGGUAGAGGCAGGAACAGGUAGAAGUUGA